GCGCCGGGGGCGGGCGGGCCGCUGGGUUCCCACCCGCGGGGGCCACGGCCUCCGCCCCCAGGCCGGGCCGCGGGGCAGGCUCGCCGCCCCAGCCCGCUCGGCCCGCCCUCCGCCCGCUGGAAGCCUGCAGGGUCUCCAUGGUUUUCCUUUGGGGCCCAGAAAGGCCUUGAACUUGGUCAGAGCUGUGGGGUGAAGCCACAGAUUUCUGGAGGCAUUUGGGGGACGUGAAGAACGUCCACGACAGAUGGGUGCUGGCAGCUACAGUGUUGUGGUUUUCACCUGCGGUCAGCCCUCAGGUAGGUCCGUUAUCUCACCGCAUCGUCCCGUAAACCUUGCUCGCCCAUUCGACAGCUAAAGACACUGAAACAACCUGAGGGAUGGAGGUACAGACAACUAAGCCGACAUCUGUGGCUCCGGGAUCUUAUCUUGGGUGUGGCAGUUCCUCUGUGGACGUUUGCGGGAUGAAUGAACAAAAGAGGAGCCCAACGGAGGCCGAAUGCAAUGAGACUUGUCUGAAGAGCCCUAAGCUGUGCCGCUUCCUCGUGGGACCUGAGGGGCUGGAGGCCCUCUGUACAGGUCCCGGUGACCCGGCCGGGAGGGUUCCGAGCGCUCGGCAGCAUGGCUUCCCCGCCCCACCAGCAGUUGCUGCAGCACCACAGCACCGAGGUGAGUUGUGACUCGAGCGGAGACAGCAACAGCGUGAGGGUCAAAAUCAACCCCAAGCAGCUGUCCUCCAACAGCCACCCCAAACACUGCAAGUACAGCAUCUCCUCCAGCUGUAGCAGCUCGGGGGACUCGGGAGGGGUCCCCCGGAGAAUGGGCGCCAGAGGCCGCCUGCGCAGGCGGAAGAAGCUGCCCCAGCUGUUCGAGAGGGCCUCCAGCCGCUGGUGGGACCCCAAGUUCGACUCGGUGAACCUGGAGGAGGCCUGCAUGGAGCGCUGCUUCCCCCAGACUCAGCGCCGCUUCCGGUACGCGCUCUUCUACAUCGGCUUCGCCUGCCUUCUCUGGAGCAUCUAUUUUGGGGUCCACAUGAGCUCCAGACUGCUUGUCAUGGCAGCCCCUGCUCUGUGCUUCCUCGGGGUGUGCGUGGGCUUUUUUCUGUUUACCUUCACGAAGCUGUACGCCCGGCACUACGUGUGGACCUCGCUGGUUCUCACCCUCCUGGUGUUCGCCCUGACCCUGGCUGCCCAGUUUCAGGUUUCGACGCCUCUCUCAGGACGAGUGGACAGCUCCAAUCAGACUCGGGCAGCCAGGCCCACAGACACUUGCUUAUCUCAGAUCGGGGGCUUUUCCAUGUGCAUCGAAGUGCUCUUUUUGCUCUACACCGUCAUGCACUUACCUUUGUACUUGAGCUUGAUUUUGGGAGUGGCCUAUUCUGUUCUUUUUGAGACCUUUGGCUAUCAUUUCCGAGAUGAAGCCUGCUUCCCGUUGCCUGGAGCAGGGGCCCUGCAGUGGGAGCUGCUCAGUCGAGCCCUGCUCCACGUCUGCAUCCACGCCAUCGGGAUCCACCUGUUCAUCAUGUCCCAGGUGAGAUCCAGGAGCACCUUCCUUAAGGUGGGACAGUCAAUCAUGCACGGAAAGGAUCUGGAAGUGGAAAAAGCCCUGAAAGAGAGGAUGAUUCAUUCCGUGAUGCCAAGAAUCAUAGCUGAUGACUUGAUGAAACAGGGGGAUGAGGAGAGCGAGAAUUCUGUCAAGAGGCACGCCACCUCCAGCCCCAAGAACAGGAAGAAAAAGUCUUCCAUCCAGAAAGCCCCUAUCGCAUUCCGCCCCUUUAAGAUGCAGCAGAUCGAAGAAGUCAGUAUUUUAUUUGCAGAUAUCGUGGGCUUCACCAAGAUGAGUGCCAACAAGUCCGCCCACGCGCUGGUGGGUCUCCUUAACGAUCUGUUCGGUCGCUUCGACCGGUUGUGUGAGGAGACCAAGUGUGAGAAAAUCAGCACCCUGGGAGACUGUUACUACUGCGUGGCCGGGUGUCCCGAGCCUCGGGCCGACCAUGCCUACUGCUGCAUCGAAAUGGGCCUGGGCAUGAUAAGAGCCAUCGAGCAGUUCUGCCAAGAGAAGAAGGAGAUGGUGAACAUGCGUGUCGGGGUUCACACAGGGACCGUCCUGUGUGGCAUCCUGGGCAUGAGGAGGUUCAAGUUCGACGUGUGGUCCAACGAUGUGAACCUGGCCAAUCUCAUGGAGCAGCUGGGAGUGGCCGGCAAGGUUCACAUCUCUGAGGCCACUGCCAAAUACCUAGAUGAUCGGUACGAGAUGGAAGAUGGGAGAGUCAACGAACGCCUCGGCCAGAGUGUCGUUGCCGACCAGUUGAAAGGUCACAGUUUUCGUCUGUGCUCAGUAGCGUUUCUGUUUCCUCUCCCUGCCUUUCAUCACUCAGCCCAGGUCCUGACCUUUGGUUUGAAGACAUACCUGAUAGCGGGUCAGAGAGCGAAGGAGUCUCAUUGCAGCUGUUCAGAGGCCUUGCUUUCUGGCUUUGAGGUCAUUGACGGCUCACGGGUGUCCUCAGGCCCUAGGGGACAGGGGACAGCGUCGCCAGGGAGUGUCAGUGACUUGGCGCAGACUGUCAAAACCUUUGAUAACCUUAAGACCUGCCCGUCCUGCGGAAUCACCUUUGCUCCCAAGUGGGAAGCGGGCGCAGAAGGCGGAGCGGUGCAGAACGGCUGUCAGGAGGAGCCCAAGAACGGCACCAAGGCGUCUGGAGGAGCCGGUUCCAAAGCCCAAAACGGACUGCUGAGCCCCCCACCUGAGGAGAAGCUCAGCAACAGUCACACCUCGCUGUGCGAGAUCUUACAGGAGAAAGGGCGCUGGGCAGGUGUGAGCUUGGACCAGUCGGCUCUCCUUCCGCUGCGGUUCAAGAACAUCCGCGAGAAAACAGACGCCCACUUUGUGGAUGUCAUCAAGGAAGACAGCCUGAUGAAAGAUUAUUUUUUUAAGCCACCCAUUAAUCAGUUCAGCCUGAACUUCCUGGAUCAGGAGCUCGAGCGAGCCUACAGGACCAGCUAUCAAGAGGAGGUCGUAAAGAGCUCCCCAGUGAAGACCUUCGCCAGUGCCACCUUCAGCUCCCUCCUGGAUGUGUUUCUGUCCACGACAGUGUUUCUGAUUCUCUCCAUCACCUGCUUCCUGAAGUAUGGGGCCAAUGCCACGCCACCCCAGCCGGCAGCCCUGGCCGUCUUUGCGGCAGCGCUGCUGCUGGAGGUGCUGUCCCUCGGGGUCUCCGUCAGGAUGGCGUUCUUCCUGGAGGACGUGAUGGCUUGUACCAAGCGCCUGCUGGAGUGGAUCGCUGGCUGGCUCCCGCACCACUGCAUCGGGGCCAUCCUGGUGUCCCUCCCCGCCCUCGCCGUCUACUCACACGUCACCUCCAAAUUUGAGAUGGACAUACACUCCACCGUGUUCACGGGCUCGGCUGUCCUGAUCGCCGUGGUGCACUACUGCAACUUCUGCCAGCUCAGCUCCUGGAUGAGGUCCUCCCUGGCCACGGUCGUUGGGGCCGGGCCCCUGCUCCUGCUCUACGCCUCCCUCUGCCCCGACAGUUCCAUAGUUAUUUCACACCUUGAUGCAGUACAGAAUUUCAGCUCCGCGGGGAAGCCCUGCAACGCCUCGCUGCCGCCAGACAGCAGGAGCCCGGCCCGCCUGAUCGGCCAGGAGGUGGUUCUGGUCUUCUUUCUCCUGCUCCUGCUGGUCUGGUUCCUGAACCGAGAGUUCGAGGUCAGCUACCGCCUGCACUACCACGGGGACGUGGAGGCGGACCUGCACCGCACCAAGAUCCAGAGCAUGAGGGACCAGGCCGACUGGCUGCUGAGAAACAUCAUCCCCUACCAUGUGGCCGAGCAGCUGAAGGUCUCCCAGACCUACUCCAAGAACCACGACAGCGGGGGCGUCAUCUUCGCCAGCAUCGUCAACUUCGGCGAGUUCUACGAGGAGAACUAUGAGGGCGGCAAGGAGUGCUACCGCGUCCUCAACGAGCUCAUCGGGGACUUCGACGAGCUGCUGAGCAAGCCGGACUACAGCAGCAUCGAGAAGAUCAAGACCAUUGGCGCCACGUACAUGGCCGCGUCGGGGCUGAACGCCACGCAGGGCCGCGACAGCAGCCACCCGCAGGAGCACCUGCAGGUGCUCUUCGAGUUCGCCAGGGAGAUGAUGCGCGUGGUGGACGACUUCAACAACAACAUGCUCUGGUUCAACUUCAAGCUCAGGGUGGGCUUCAACCACGGGCCCCUGACGGCCGGCGUCAUCGGCACCACCAAGCUGCUGUACGACAUCUGGGGGGACACGGUCAACAUCGCCAGCCGCAUGGACACCACGGGGGUGGAGUGCCGCAUCCAGGUGAGCGAGGAGAGCUACCGCGUCCUGAGCAAGAUGGGCUACGACUUCGACUACAGGGGCACGGUGAACGUCAAGGGCAAGGGCCAGAUGAAGACCUACCUGUACCCCAGGUGCUCGGACCACGGCCUCGUGCCGCAGCACCAGCUGUCCAUCUCCCCCGACAUCCGAGUCCAGGUGGACGGCAGCAUCGGGCGCUCCCCCACGGACGAGAUCGCCAACCUGGUGCCUUCUGUACAGACCUCGGACCAGGCCUCGCCGGCCUCCGAUAACACGCCAGCCAGGGAUGCCCCCCCGUCGGCCAAGAGACCCUGGAGGGAGCCCGGCAAAGCCGAGGAGCGGUGUCGGUUUGGCAAAGCCAUAGAGAAAAGCGACUGUGAAGAAUCGGGGGCGGAGGACACCGAUGAACUCACCAAGCUCAGCGUCUGCAGGAGGGCGUGACGCAGCCCCAGCGCCGCCCGCGCCCGCGGUGCUCUGCUCGCCAGCAGCAAUCUCCGCGCGUGGCUGUCGUGCACCCCGGGCGCCCCAGCCCCGGCCCGGGCUGUGGUGUCAUGUGGUCAUUGCAGCCCUAACCUCUGUGUGGACCACAGGUCUUCAGGGUUCGUGUUCGUGCGUUUCUUUCCUCUUUCUCCCCCGUGGUGUGGCCAUCGGCAGCGUGGAGAACAAGUGCCUUCAGGGGCUGGCAAGGCCUCGGGAGUCCGGGGAGGCGCGGCGAGGGCGUGGCGCUGGUUGGGGUUGGACGUGAAAACAAAAGCUGUGGUUAAAAUAUUACUUUCAUUGCUUUUUCUCACGAGACACUUUUUUUUUUUUUUUUUUUUUUUUUUUUUUGCUAAUACAUUGUUUUGAGGUUUCUUUUCUGUAUACAUACUAGUGUUUUUCCAGUGACCUGACCUUUCUCCGUAAACACAGACACGCACACAUACUAGCGUCCAUGACUCUGAGAUCAAGUGCCAGUAGCUCCCUGAGCGGGGAUGCAGGCAGUGGGGCCCCAGGACGCUCGGCCCCUCCCCACCCGUGCCAUCCAGGGCAGCCGGGCCUCCCACCCAGCGGCUUUAGGGCUUCCUCCUCUGCUGGCCGGCAGCACAGCUUGUGGACUCCAGGUCUCAGGUUUCUAGAAGCCCCUUUCAUUCUGCUCCUGCCCCGGGCGGGGGGGUCUUCCAGCUGGGGUGGAGGGGCCGACCUUGCAGCUGACUCGAGAGAGAGAGACGCAAAGCAAACAUGCCAGGGGUGCGCUUAUUUAUUUAUUUAUUUGCCAGGAAAUAAAUGUGUUUCGGGAGGGUUGAGGGUGGUUCUGGCGAAGGGAAGGGCAGACAGAUGUGCCUCAGCCGCCUCCCCCUGCCCCGCAAAAGGGCUGAGCCAGACCCGAGUGGGCCUGGCCUGCUCUGCUCCGGUCCUGUGCCCUCGGGGUCUGCCUGCUGCAGGGGUGGGCCCGGCGGGCACACGUGCAGGAAGCAUCUCCUGUUCUCAGCCUGCCUGUGGCAGGGUUGAUCCCGGCGAGUGGAUCCCAGCCCUCUUUAUUUAGAUGGAGUUCUUACACUGUGGGACGGGACGGAAGCAUCCGGAGGCAGGCGAGGUGCGGAACCUGGGGAAGGACGGAAAACCUGAGGACAUCACUUCUGUGCCCUUUGUUGCGCCUCGUGCAGUGACGUUUUGCAGUGUUGAGUCUGAGGUUCACGUGGUACUGAACUCAGGCCAGAGGGGCCCUGUCGUAGUCGUGUGAUGCCUCGUUCUCAUGGUGGCUGCAGCUCAUGGGCUGACUUGAGGAUCCGCUCUUGGGUGUGAGGGCUUCACCGCCGCGCCCCGAGCAUUGUCUUCUCACGGGUGAAUCCCCAGAGAACGCUCACCUCUACAUCAAGGCCCGUUAUCACUUCUUGCCAAAUAUGUACAGAAUCCGCCCUUUCAGGCACCAUGAAGUAUUGAUUCUGACCAGCCAGCUCCCUGGGGAUGUGCGUGGGUGGCCAGCCUGCAGGGCAGCCCUGGCCGGGAUGCCCCCGUCCAGUCCCGGGAGAUUCGCCUUCAGGUUUCACUGUCAGAUUGUGGGUCUUCCAGUGCCCGCGAGAGGAUGAUCGUGGCAAUACCUCUUGCUUCUAAAGAAUGUAUUCUUAUAAAAUAACGCAGAAUUUUUAUGUUUAUUUUUUUCCUAGAAACACUACCUGAUUGUAGCUCUGCUUGUCCGGAGUGGUUGUGGGCACUUCAGUAUUUGGGGGGGUGUUGGGGCGUGGCCCCUGCCCCCCGCCGUCCAGCUCCAGGCUUUGGCGGCAGCUCAGGGGCUGGGAGGUUGCUCCCUAAUCCCCGGGUGUCUGCUGUGCCGCUCAGCACGGGCUCCGGGAAGUUCAUCUCUGCACACGCUUCUUCCCCGUCCAGCUCGUCUUUCCUUCCCCUCCUCCGAAGGCGUGGGGUUGCCCACCCGCGGCCCGGGAGCUGCAGGCGUGGGGCGAGGGAGGUGGCAUCUGCUGGUCCGGGUCGGCACUGGACAAACCGGAGCCUCUGAGAGAUGGCGUGCGUGGUCUUCUCAGAACACCCCAAGCCUUCCUAAGCAGCCAGUACCGAGGUUCCCUCUGGGCCACCAGGGGCCUGGCCCUUCCCAGUUUCUGCGCAGAAGCAUACCUCAGCACAGCGCCACUGGGGGCUCUGCAGCGGGCGGCGGCCGGGCCCCCCAACUCUGUCGGCGUCGAGCAGGUGGUUGCUGAAGACAGUCGGGCUUCUGAGCGGCGGGUUCAGGCGCUCCCGACUCAGAGGAGACAGUCUUCAGAGAGGCAAUACCUCCUGUGAACUUAGGGCAGGAAGCAAUACUUCAGAAUUGAAUGUGUGUAAAUAGUUGCUUUGAGUUGCAAUUGCUCCUUUCUUCUUGGCCUCAGGUCAGAUCAGAUUAUAUAUAUAUAUAUAAACAAGCACACAAAAUUGUAUCCAAUACAGACAAAUGCAGAGCAUCAGUUAUGAAGCCCUUAAGGAGCUUUGGGGGCCACACAGAUGGUGCGGCUCCAUCACCCUGACUUCACCCUGGAGACACCUGCACAUUUGCACUUGACAGUCGAGAGCCAAAGGACCGCAUGCUUCCCAUUACCUGGGCUGUAGUGAUUUGUAAUUUCCAAAGAUCUGUCUGCGUUUGCAUUUCUGGAUUUUUGAGGUAAGCUCUUUUUGGUGGUGGUUUCAGAAAAUCACAUCAUGCCUAGAAUCUGAGCUUAAAUGAGCAAGAACCAGUUGUCUGCGUUCUCCAUCUUUAUUCCUUAAGUUGUUCAUCCUAAUAAUUUCAAAAUGCAUCCACUGAAGAAAUGGACAUUAAAAUAAUCCAAAAUCUAAGUAUUUGAUGCCUGGUAUUUCCUCACUGACAAGAUCAGGGCGCUCCUUGUUCUCGCCAUUUGUGGCUGGAACAGGGAGAUUGUAUGUCCUUUACAUCGUGACAUCAAGGCAACUAAAAAGCCUCUUGUGUGUCCCUGUGUGUGUGUGUGUGUUUUAAUGGACAUGUUUGCUCACAGUUAGCUUUAGUUGAGAAGUAUUUAUUUUUACAUGGAACCUUUAAUAAAAGCAAGUCACAGGGGAAAUUUUGCUUCUGACCGUAUCCCCAUUUGAUUCGAUCUUCCUAAUAGUUCUGCCCGCAAUAUCUGAAAAGAUGGAAUUGCCUGAGAAAAUGAAGUAGGACUUCCAAAAAGAUGAGCCCACAGAGCCUGUCCCUUACAGAGCUCCUGGGAUGCCCAGGGAAGUCAUGUCCCCAUUUCAGAAUCCGCUUAAAGUCCCAGGGCGUCUCCCCAGACAGAGUCCACUUGGACAAGUCCUAGGGGCACACAGCGCUUCCACAUCUGGAGCCACACUCUGGCUCUGCUGGAGGUGGGAACCUUCCCACCAGGGUUUUCCCGGCAAGUUCAGUACCUUCAGAGCAUAGGACCCUCGCAGACUCCGAAAAAGGGGGCUACAGCUAGGGCCCCGGGCCUUGCUUCUCAGCUUGGUAGGAUCCAGCCUCUAGGCGACCCUCCGCUGAGACCUGCCAGUGAGGACACUGCCCGUGGGUGAGGGAGGCGCUCUUUGCUUGAGUCUGCACUGCGGGCAUCCUUAGCAACCUUGGGGAAGUUAGGGCACGGCCAAUUUCAUUGCGAUGAAGGCUCUCUAAUAGGAAGGACACCUCAGGGAUUUCAGAGCAUUUCUCAGACGGUCCAGAAAGUUCUGCAAUAAGCCUCAGGACUUAGCAGUCAUGGUUUCUCUUUCACGUAAAGUCUCUCACCCGUGGUUGCUUUUCUCUGCUGUGGAACAAGCUCUGUCGUGGUGGCCACCAGGGACAUAUCCCAAGAGCCAGGGCGAGGAAGAGAAUGGGCCAGGAGAUGAGGGAGGGGUGAAGAAGGAAGAGCACCUGCUUAUACACCAUGUGUACAAACUCACAGCUUCCAUUGUUACACUGUUCCCUUGUAAACAUUGUUUUUAAAUAACAGGACUCCGAAGAGUUGUUAGAGUAGGUUAGAAUAACGUAAGCCUGGGGAAUUCUCCUCUUCCUGCUGGGCCUGAAAGUCGGAAGCAGAAAGGAAUUAUGCAAUCAUGUGUUGAGCAAUCCGAGUGCCUCCUGAAAGCUCAGUCAUCAACAGCAGAUUCUUAACCUUUUGGGGGCUCACCAAGCCUUUGAUAAUUUGACAAAAACUGUGGCUCCUUUCUCCAGAAAAAAAAAAAA